ACGAUCUCUCUCUCUCUCUCUCUCUCUCUCUCUGCCUAUAUAACUGACUGAGUCUUUCAUUACCCGUUUGAAAGAACAGAGCAAUCAAUAAUGGCUUCCACUUCGUCUUUCAUUAUCUCUGUGCUCUUGAUUUUUUCUUCCCUUGUAUUGGGUAUCUAUUCUGGUGUCUCGGAGGAAGAAUCUUCCCCACCUUUGGUGAAGGGUCUCUCAUGGACUUAUUAUAAGUCUAACUGCCCUAAAGUUGAGAGCAUCGUGAGAUCCCAUCUCAAGAAAAUUUUCAAGCAGGAUAUUGGCCAAGCUGCAGGGCUCCUCCGUCUACACUUCCAUGACUGCUUUGUUCAGGGAUGUGAUGGUUCGGUUUUGCUAGACGGAUCCGCCAGUGGUCCGAGCGAGCAGGAGGCGCCACCAAACUUAAGCCUCAGGGCUGAAGCAUUUCAGAUCAUCAACGACCUCCGCGCCCUCGUCCACAAUAAGUGCGGCCAAGUGGUCUCCUGUGCCGACAUCGUUGCUCUUGCAGCCCGUGAUUCCGUUUUCUUGUCCGGAGGACCCAAAUACAAAGUACCCUUAGGAAGGCGAGACGGUCUGAGCUUCGCGACAAGGGAAACAACUUUAGCAAACCUGCCAGCGCCCAGCAGCAACACCACCACACUCCUCACUUCACUGGCUGCCAAGAAGUUAGACGCCACCGACGUGGUGGCUCUCUCAGGUGGACACACGAUUGGACUCAGCCACUGCUCUUCCUUCACCGACCGCCUCUACCCUACCCAAGACACAACUAUGGACAAGACCUUCGCUAACAACCUCAAGAGUACCUGCCCAACCUCCGAUACCAAUGCCACUACCGUCUUGGAUAUCCGAACCCCAGACCUGUUCGACAAUAAGUACUAUAUCGAUCUCAUGAAUCGACAGGGACUCUUCACCUCCGAUCAAGACCUGUACAUGGACAGUAGGACCAAGCCCAUCGUCACCAGCUUCGCUCUCAACCAGACUCUUUUCUUCGAGAAGUUCAUCUUCGCCAUGAUCAAGAUGGGCCAGCUUAACGUCUUGACGGGAACCCAGGGAGAGGUUCGUGCCAAUUGCUCAGCUCGCAACUCAGACACCUCCACCUACCUGUCCACGGUGGUGGACGGCGAUAGCGAGAUGAACGCCCAGUUUUAAACCUAACCUUUUUCUUUUCUUAAUCCUUUAAUGGAGAUAAGGCCAGGUGUACUACUUUCCUCUUCUUUUCUUUUUUCCUGCAAAUUUUUCCAGCUGAACCAAGGAAACGAAAGAAGUGGUGUGGUCACUUGGGCUCGUUUCUUUCUAUCCUUGCUUGAUCUUUAAGUAUAUUACUGUACUACUGCCACGCAAGUUUGUUAAAAAUGAAUAAAAGAGGUUUCUCUCGCCUA